GUCCACCGCCUGAAGGUGUCAAUAGCCAUUCCGCGCGACCGGGAAAAAGACGCCUCGUUGCUAAAAGGAAAACUGAAACUCUCAGAUCUCUCCCUCUCUCUCUCUUGUUUCGCGGGAAGGGAGAAGUCGGAGCUGCAUCUGUGACUUGAUAUUGAAGGUGGAAAAGGUGGUGCGGAGAAUGAAAAAACUUAUCCAAUGCAUGCAUCAUAACAGCUUUGAAGAUCAUAGGUGGGGAUAAUCCAAAUUGAGAAGGCAGUUUUAAUGGCAUCUCCACCUGUGUUUGGUUCUAAUGUAACCGUAACACCACCUGCAAUUAGUCCCCUCCUUCGACGUUCUGGCAACAGGCCUGGCUCUGGUGAACCCUUCUUAGCAUCUGAUGAAAACUUUGUUUCACCAAAUGAGACACUUGAAACUAGAUCAGAAAGUUCUCUGAAACAUGGUCCUGCAAUAAUGCCUUCUCCAAUUUUCUUAUGGAGAUUCAAGGUUCUUCUGUUUUUCUUAUGGAGCUUCAUUUGCUGCAAGGUUAGCUUCGACUCUGUGAUGAGGAUGAGUGCAGAUUUACGUGAUCUUUUUUUGUAUGAGGUCUUUUUAUAUUAUAAUCCUCUUCUUCUUGUGACAAUGAUGGUUUGGCUUUGGGGAGUAAAUUUAUGGGUCUUUUCUCAAUCAUCUGUGAAUUACGGAAAAAUAUUUGACCUCGAUCAUACUUAUCUCACUCACAGAGAAAUAUGGAAGUGCGCAACAUGGAUGACAAUAUUUGUCCCAACAAGCAUGACUGCGUAUCUUUACUUGUACUCUCAUGGAGAAGUAUCCUUAGCUGCAUCUCAACCAGUACUCUUGUAUGCAGCUGUUCUUAUGGUUCUCAUAUUUCCAUUUGAUAUUUUUUAUUUAUCUUCUCGUUAUUAUUUCUUGAAGACAUUAUGGAGGAUACUACUCCCAUUACAGGCAAUAACAUUUGCAGAUUUUUUUAUUGCUGAUAUCUUGACCUCCAUGUCAAAGGUAUUGUCCGAUCUAGAGCGUUCAGUCUGCCGAAUGGUCCAUCGACAGGUUGCAACAAUUGCAUGGUUUGAAGCUGAUUCUAUUUGUGGCAGUCACUCUGUUGCAAUUCCCUUAGCGCUUGUCCUACCUUACCUAUGCCGGUUUUUCCAAUGUGUUAGGCAAUACAAGGAUACUAAAGAGAAAACAUGUCUUUUAAAUGCUUUAAAGUACUCAACAGCAGUACCUGUAAUCUUCCUUUCGGCACUCAAGUAUCACGUGUUUCCUGAAAGCUGGACAAAUUUCUAUCGUCCUCUUUGGCUUAUUUCAAGUGUAGUAAAUUCUCUGUAUUCAUUUUACUGGGAUGUGACCCGGGAUUGGGAUUUGAGUGUUUUCUCCAGAAUUUUCAAGUUUAAGGCUCCUAGUAUACUCUCCAGCUUGUUAUAUGGACGGCAAUGGGUCUAUUUCUGGGUAAUAGGAAGCAAUCUGAUCCUCCGCUGCACAUGGACAUACAAGCUUUCAGCUCAUCUUCGGCAUAAUUACUUGACCGUAUUUGCGAUAACCGCCUUGGAGAUCGUUCGACGGUUCCAGUGGGUUUUCUUUCGAGUGGAGAACGAGUGGAACAAAAUGACGACCAAGCAAAACUUGCAGGUAUCCAUGAGUGAACUCCCAAGUGAGGAAGACAAGUUGCUUGGUUCGACCAACCACAAUGUAUAAACCGGCAUCGUUCUCGAUUUUUUCCUUUUUGCAGUUUUUUUUUUUAAUUUUAUAAUUUUGAUGGUUGGGAUCAAUUAUGGUCCUCCAAAAAGUAUAGGUAGAUCAUUGUCACCUCACUUGCUAUUAUUUUUUUAUGGAAAUAUGAAAAUAUGAUAAAGAGAAAUGUCAA